CUGACGGCGACGCGUGGGAUCCGCACCACCCGGGGGUCGCUGCUGACCGCCGACUGGGUCCCGGACUUUGACGCGCCCCUUGUCGAACGUCUACGCGAUGCCGGCAUGGUGUUGCUCGGCAAGACGAAUACGCCGGAGAUCGGCUGGAAGGGCGAUUCGGGCAAUCGCGUCGUUGGACCAACCCACAACCCCUGGCGGCACGGACGCACGCCGGGCGGCUCUAGCGGCGGAGCCGCGGCGGCCGUGGUCGCUGGCAUGGGCGUGCUGGCCCAGGGCACGGACGGCGCUGGAUCGAUCCGCAUCCCGGCUGGCUUCUCGGGUGCCUUUGGCUUCAAACCCUCCUGGGGACGAGUGCCUCAGUACCCGGCCAGCGUGGUGGAGACCCUGUCCCACGCCGGGCCGAUCACCCGCACCGUCGGCGACGCCGUGCGGAUGCUUGAGGUCAUGGCCGGUCCCGAUGCGCGGGAUCGCACCUCAAUGCCGGCCGAACCGUUGGCGCUUGACGAUAUCGAGGCUGGCGUGGACGGGCUGCGCGUGGCUUGGUCGCCCGACCUAGGGUACGCGGCCGUCGAUGCUCAGGUCGUUGAGACUGCACAAGCGGCGGCCUGUCGCUUCGCGGAUCUCGGUUGCACCAUCGAGGAGGCGCACCCGGCCGGCGAAGAUCCGUGGCGUCUCAUCCACGUCCUAUCGCCGAUCGCCUCGAUCCGGGCCUGCGCGCCGUCGUCGAAGAGGGGAUUCGGGUUUCGCGGCACAGACGUGGCCAAUGCCUAUAUAGAGCGCAACGCGUACUACCACCAAUGGCGGGAGUUCUACGAGAGCUACGACCUGCUGCUGACGCCGACGCUGCCGGUCACCGCCUUUGCCGCCGGCGACGAUCACCCCGGUUCGAUCGCCGGCCGCGACACCACCUACCUGAGCUGGACGGCCUUCACCUACCCGGUGAACCUCACUGGCCUGCCCGCUGCCAGCGUGCCUUGCGGCCGCGUCGAUGGCCUGCCCGUGGGCCUGCAGAUCAUCGGCGGCUGGCGCCAGGACCGCACCGUGUUGCGCGCCGCCCGCGCCUUCGAGCAGCUCGCCCCUGGAGCCACGAGCGCCCGCUUCUCUGACCUAGGGGAAAAGCUCAACCAGCAGUUGACCUACUUUCGCGUUCCUCAAUGCCGACAACUGGGUAAACGCGCUAUUUUGGUUGUGCAG